CAGCUAAUCAAUCAGUCAUCAAUCAGCUAAUCAAUCAGCUAAUCAAUCAGUCAUCAAUCAGUCAUCAAUUAGUCAUCAAUCAGCUAAUCAAUCAGCUAAUCAAUCAGCUCAUCAGUCAGCUCAUCAAUCAGCUAAUCAAUCAGUCAUCAAUCAGCUCAUCAAUCAGUCAUCAAUCAGCUAAUCAAUCAGCUCAUCAAUCAGUCAUCAGUCAGUCAUCAAUCAGUCAUCAAUCAGUCAUCAAUUAGUCAUCAAUCAGCUCAUCAGUCAGUCAUCAAUCAGCUCAUCAAUCAGCUAAUCAAUCAGUCAUCAGUCAGCUCAUCAAUCAGCUCAUCAAUCAGCUCAUCAGUCAGUCAUCAAUCAGUCAUCAAUCAGUCAUCAAUUAGUCAUCAAUCAGCUCAUCAAUCAGCUAAUCAAUCAGUCAUAGAUCAGUCAUCAAUCAGUCAUCAAUUAGUCAUCAAUCAGCUCAUCAAUCAGCUAAUCAAUCAGCUCAUCAAUCAGCUAAUCAAUCAGUCAUAGAUCAGUCAUCAAUCAGUCAUCAAUCAGCUCAUCAGUCAGUCAUAGAUCAGUUAUCAGUCAGGCCUCAUGAACCAGGAACAUAAAUAAUCUCUGUGUAAUUGUUGUUAGUUGAUCAGUGGAUCAUCGUUGUCGUGGAGACAGAACAUAAACACCUCAGUAACUUAAUGUUCUGAAGUAACUGAGUAAAGUACAGCUCCUGGUUGUAACUGAGCUCAGGCUCCAGAUCUGAAGUGUUAGUGAUUUCAGUCUGAUUAAAACAGUCUAAGUCUGAGCAGCAGAGGUGGAGCUGCUCUGACUUUUAGUCCAAAAACACUGGCUCCUACAUUUCCCAUAUUGCACCUGGAUAAUGUCUUUUUAAUGCUGAGGUGGAUAUUUCAGCAUUUUCAGAAAACUGAUCAUCUGGACGUGGGACAGCUGUGAGAUUUCACAGGUCAAAGUUCACUCAGACUCACCUGUGUGAAGGAGACGAAGGAGGCAGUGAUGUCACAGCGUACCAGAGUGCACCUGUGUGUCAGCGCAGCCAGGUGAGAGGUGAGUUGGUCUGCGUUCUCUCUUUAUUAACAGUACAUCUGUUUUCUUCUCCGUCAUCAGAUCCAGCUGACGUCUCUGAUCCAGGAUCAGUUUGUGUCUGAACGACUGACGGCUGAGAUGGAUGAGUUCAGAUGGUAACGGAAGCUGUGUUCUCAGUAAUGUGUCAUUACGUCCCACGUGAACCUGAGACUGAUCUGAGGUCAGUUACAGCAGCAGAGGAGACUCUCUUAAUGACACUGAGGCUGAAUAUAAACAGCUGCUGCUUCCUGAGGACCAACACACUGAGCUGAACUCAGCUGCUCCAGGACCAGCGGAAACAUGGGACCAGCACCUGAACCAGACCUGAAUGCCUCAGCUUGGCUCCGCCCCUGCGUUAAUGCCUCCUGUCGGCCUCCAAUCAGAGCGGCGUGUCCGUACAGCACCGCUCAGCUGAUCCUCAUCGUCAUGGUAACCACCUCCCUCAGCAUCAUCACCGUGCUAGGCAACACGCUGGUCCUCCUGUCCAUCAAGGUCAACCGCCACCUGCGGACCAUCAACAACUACUUCCUGUUGAGCCUGGCAGUGGCCGACCUGAUCAUUGGCCUGCUCUCCAUGAACCUGUACACGCUCUACCUGCUGCGGGGCCACUGGCCCCUGGGGGCUGCGCUCUGCGACAUGUGGCUCGUUGUGGACUACGUGGUGAGCAGUGCCUCCGUCAUGAACCUGCUGAUCAUCAGUCUGGAUCGGUACUUCUGCAUGACGCGGCCACUCAGCUACCCGGUACGGCGGACGGGCGCGAUAGCCGGUCUAAUGAUUGGCGCCGCCUGGCUGCUGUCCUUUGUCCUGUGGGCCCCCGCCAUCCUCUGCUGGCAGACCGCCGGGGGCCGACGAGUCGUCCCUGAUGGGAAGUGUUACACACAGCUGCUGGUCAGUCCCGCCGUCACUCUGGGGACAACGCUUCCUUCCUUCUACCUGCCGGCCUUCACCAUGAUCGUCCUGUACAGCCGCCUGUCCACCGCCAGCCGCAGCCGCCUGAGCAUGCUCCGGUCAGAGCGAGGCACACUCAGGACAUCCAGUCCGUCCGUUAAAGACUUCCUCCUGAAACGACGCAGCUGGGUGACUAGUGACCCUGGCUCAGACCUGUCUCAGAACCAGUCAGAGUCUAGCACUCCGAAGACAAGAAGGAACCACAGAGCGUCCAGAAGUCCCGGAGACACGUCAGAGCCAACGGACGUCUGUCUGACUCGGACCCGCCCCCGCCGAGACGAAGACUACAACAAGAUCGAGAACGACUCGUCAUCCAACGCCGACCUCCACAGGAAGGCGUCUGCAGUGUUCUCCACCAGUCCCAGCUUCAGGUCUCAGGAGAGGAGGAGGCGUCGAGUGAUGGCGAGGGAGAGGAGGGUGACCAAGACCAUCCUGGCCAUCCUGCUGGCCUUCAUCCUCACUUGGGCGCCGUACAACAUCAUGGCCGUCAUCGCCACCUUCUGUCACUUCUGUAUCCCCAACAGUCUGUGGACCACAGGAUACUGGCUGACCUACAUCAACAGCACCAUCAACCCCGGCUGCUACGCUCUGUGCAACAUCACCUUCAGGAAAACCUUCUGCAGCCUCCUGCGCUGCCGCAGCAGGAAGCUGCGAUGACCGUUAUGUCGUCAGGGGUCGGCCAACAAAAUGGCCACAAUGUCUUUAUUCAUAAAUCUGCAAUAAUACGACCCUGAAACACUAAACACAUCAGGAAUCAUCAGAUUCUUGACUCUCCAGCCCGUACUCAAGAUCAUUCGUGACUCACAGCCAGAAGCCGAUAGGCCAAAUAACAAGCAUGUCUGCUGGCUCGUCUGUCAACCGUUAUGUGUAACAAACCAAUGAGCAGUCUGGGAAUUGUGUUCUGGUGCGGCUCGUUCAUGAGUGCUGCAGACUUCAAGGAUGUAUAAUAGAACUUCAGCAGCGCUAGCCUUUAAAUCAAAGUACAAAUGACAACAGCAGCCAACAGUGAAGAUAAUGAUCCAUAAAGUCAGACAGUUCUUAACGCUGAGAUCGUUAAUACCGUGUUAAUUUGUGUUGAGCAUCAGUUUAUUUGUGAUGAAAUGUGGAAAAUGAGUCAUUCAAUUUGAAGCUUUAGACUAAAAUCACUUCAAACUGUUUUGGACACUUUUUAAAAGAGACAGUGAUCAUGUGUAACUAUGACUUGGCAGGUAAAGGUAUUACUGAGAUUUUACAAUUAAUUUCUUUACUUUUUAUAUUGACAGGCAUCUUCAUAUGUGCAGUGUUAUAGUUCUGCAUAAUUUCCUGUUAUUACUAACACUUCUGUUUGUUCACUGUUCUCCACAGCUGAAGGA